CCCUUCUGCAGCCGGCGGAAUCCCAAAACUGCCAAGAGCUCCCGGCGGGUGUAGGCAAACUUUUUCCGAGCCCACGUGCUGACCAAACAGACCGGCUCGCUUCCCGAGCCUGGGAUGGAGCGCCGCGCCUAGGCACGCCGUGCAGCCCGAGACCCGAGCGCACGGUUCACCGCGGAGGGAAGAGAUGCUCAUCGAGCCAAAUUGAUCAUUGCAGCCUCAGGGCAGUGGCAUCUGUCUCUGAGUCCUCCCUAGGAGCUCGACCCACACUGUCUCCUUACAGGAGCCCAGCAAUUCCUCGACUUUUGAGAGGCGUCUCUCCCCAGCCCGACCGUCCAGAUGCGUUUUUGCCUCUUCUCAUUUGCCCUCAUCAUUCUGAACUGUAUGGAUUACAGCCAGUGCCAAGGCAACCGAUGGAGACGCAAUAAGCGAGGUGGGUCGCACUCGGCUGAAGCUAGUUAUGUAUCAAAUCCCAUCUGCAAGGGUUGUUUGUCUUGUUCAAAGGACAAUGGGUGCAGCCGAUGUCAACAGAAGUUGUUCUUUUUCCUUCGGAGAGAAGGGAUGCGUCAGUAUGGAGAGUGUCUGCACUCCUGCCCAUCAGGAUACUAUGGACACCGAGCCCCAGAUAUGAACAGAUGUGCAAGAUGCAGAAUAGAAAAUUGUGAUUCUUGCUUUAGCAAAGACUUUUGUACCAAGUGCAAAGUAGGCUUUUAUUUGCAUAGAGGCCGCUGCUUUGAUGAAUGUCCGGAUGGUUUUGCACCAUUAGAUGAGACCAUGGAAUGUGUAGAAGGUUGUGAAGUUGGUCAUUGGAGCGAAUGGGGAACGUGUAGCAGAAACAACCGCACAUGUGGAUUUAAAUGGGGUCUGGAAACCAGAACACGGCAGAUUGUUAAAAAGCCAGCGAAAGACACAAUACCAUGUCCAACCAUUGCGGAGUCCAGGAGAUGCAAGAUGGCCAUGAGGCACUGUCCAGGAGGGAAGAGAACACCAAAGGCAAAAGAGAAGAGAAACAAAAAGAAGAGACGGAAGCUGAUUGAGAGAGCCCAAGAGCAGCACAGUGUCUUCCUCGCCACAGACAGAGUGAACCAAUAAAAUACAAGAAAUAGCUGGGGCAUUUUGAGGUUUUCUGUUUUGUUUUGCUGUUGUUUUGCAAAAGUGCACAAAGCUACUCUCUAAUCCACACUGGUGGACAGCAUUCCUGAUCCUCUGACCAGUAUCCAUUUUCAGUAAUGUUGCAAAGGGAGGUGCCCAAGCAUGGACUCUGGGUUAUUUAUGCUUUGAUUAGAAUCUGGGGCCUGUGAUAGCAGGAGCUUGUUGAGCUGAAUCAGUGCGAUGUGAUGCACCUGUACUCUUGUGAUGAGCACAGUGUGUCAUAAGAACCUGUCCCUGGCACCGUGGACCUGCAGGAGGCGCGAGGCAGUAGAUCACCACUGGAGAAUGCACCUGUGCCCACUUUCAUGGAUGACAAUGCUAAGCGAGCAAGCACUGUUCACUUGUGACUUUCAUUUCUCACACUAUGCAUUGUCAAAGACAAAUGUGCAUGGAAAAAAUGUUUAGUGUCACCUCAUGGUAUUCUUAGCAUUGGUGACCUUCAAAUUGUCUUACAAUGAGACUGCCUUCUAGCUAGGGGCAUGAGGUGGAAAUGUCUGCUACAUUUCAUCCCAGUGCUAACGUGUACAGAUUCCGCUGAGCUACAUUUAGAGCUCCUUACUGUAUAUUUAUGCGUUCUGUGUAUAACAAGUUAUACCUGAUUGAUAAGAUGUCACUUUGUUUCUAGUGGUUCUUAACCAUGGUCUGGUACAUGGCUGUUCUAGUUUUGAAAAUUGAGAAGCAUUUUGUUGCCUCUUGUUUUCUUUUGUUCCUAUUAUUUUUGGAGGGGGUGGGGGGGGGCGCUUGUUUCUAAUUGUAAGUAUAGGAUAAGCUAGUUUGUAUAUAGAGUCAAACGACUGAUGUCAGAGUUUCAGUGCUGAUAGAACUUCCCCAGUUCAUGUCACCACACACACACACACACACACACACACACACACACACACACACAGCAGCAGCAGCAGCAUGCAGCAUGCAGCAUCUGGGCCAAACUCCAAAAAUUGAUGACUUAUGAAAUACAGCUGAAAACAAGAUUUGUGUGCAGUUACUUGUAUUUAUUAUACAAUUUCCAGCUACAUCCUUUCUUCAAACUCAAAAUAAUCUAUGACUUUGAAAGAUAGGUCACCUGGCAAUAUUCAUGGGUUACUGGGGAAGCUGCUGUCAUGAAACCACCCAGAAAAUGACAAAGAAAAUGGGGUGGCUUCCCCCCAAGCGAGUGCCACAUCUUACAUUUCUCCAUUGAGUCGGAAUCAACUACAUUGGAACAGAGAACAAGACGGAAGCAUUGGUUUCAAACGUGGCCAUGGUUUCAAAAACAUCUUUGUCCCCUUGGGUCAAGUGGUCCUUAGAUUUAUGAAUUGGCAGGUUCUAAAUGCAUUAUUUUCCUAGCUGAUCCAGGAGAAAAUUAGAACAAAGUUAAGUUGUAUAGUUUUGAGGAAACAUCCAAAGCAAGGCAAAGCCUUUUUUUUUGUCUUGCAUUGGCAAAACUACCUCUUUAGCAUUUCUGUUCAUUCAGAAACAUCUUGCUGUUAUAUAAAGAUGUCUUAAGCUUCAUUAUGAAAAUAUUGAUGCAAGAUAAGCCAUAUCUGAAUGUUCUAUUCGACUUUAGGGCUUGAACUUAAUCCUCUCCAUAUCUCUUUACACUCUAUUCCUAUUUACUACAUGGGUAGGGGGUCCCCUUAAUAUCAUACUUCAUUGUUAAUAAGUCAAUGCUUGUUAUGUUUCUGGGGUGUUGUUUUUGUGCAU